AUGUCUUCUCAAGUGGCUACGUGCUUGCGCUUUGCGCGGCAAUUCUCGGCCGAUCCAGUCAAGCACCAAAGAUUCCUGGCUCGCACAUUCUCUAGCACCGUUCGCCGCGGCGCAAUCAACAAGGUUAUCGCCUCCGCGGAGGAAGCCGUCAAGGACUUGAAGUCAAAUUCCACCCUUCUUGCCGGCGGUUUCGGAUUAUGCGGUGUCCCAGACUCUCUCAUCAACGCCGUGCGCGCUAACCCCUCCAUCUCCGGUCUCACAGUCGUCAGUAAUAAUGCCGGUGUCGACGGCUCGGGUCUCGGUCUCCUCCUGCAGUCCAAGCAAAUCAAAAAGAUGAUCGCCAGUUAUGUCGGCGAGAACAAGACCUUCGAGCGCAUGUAUCUCACUGGUGAAAUUGAGCUCGAAUUGACCCCACAAGGAACUCUCGCAGAGCGGUGUCGUUCUGGUGGCGCAGGAAUUCCCGCAUUCUACACGCCCGCAGCUGUUGGAACUGUCGUGCAAACAGGUGAAUUACCCUUGAAGCAUAAUGCCGAUGGCACAGUUGGGCUAUAUAGCCAGCCACGGGAUGUGAAGGUCUUCGAUGGGAAGAGCUAUGUCAUGGAGGAGGCGAUUAAGGGCGACUACGCGUUUGUGAAAGCGUGGAAGGCGGAUAAGCUGGGUAACUGCCAGUUCCGAUAUGCGGCGGCGAAUUUCAAUGGCGCAAUGGGUCGCAAUGCCAAAAUGACUAUUGUUGAGGCAGAACAUAUCGUUGAGCCCGGCGAUAUUGAUCCCGCUGCUAUUCACCUGCCUGGUAUCUAUGUUAAGCGUGUGAUCCAGAGCACAACUGAGAAGAAGAUUGAGAAAUACACCUUCGCCAAGGAGGAGGGUGCCGAUACAUCUGCCUUGGGUAGCGGUGAUACCGCCAACAAGCGCGAGCGUAUUGUUCGUCGUGCGGCCAAGGAGUUCAAGAACGGCAUGUAUGCUAACUUAGGCAUUGGAAUGCCUAUGUUGGCGCCAAACUUUGUCGACCCCUCCGUGGAGGUUACUUUGCAGUCUGAGAACGGUAUCUUGGGCUUGGGUCCUUACCCUAAGAAGGGUGAUGAAGAUGCUGAUCUCAUCAAUGCUGGCAAGGAGACUGUGACUCUUAACCCUGGUGCUGCGUGCUUCGGUAGCGACGAGUCCUUCGGCAUGAUCCGCUCUGGUCGCAUUGAUCUGACCAUUCUCGGUGCUAUGCAGGUUAGCGCCAAGGGUGAUCUCGCCAACUGGAUGCUGCCUGGCAAGAUCAAGGGUUUUGGCGGUGCCAUGGAUCUUGUCUCUAACCCAUCUGCUACAAAGGUUGUGGUCACCAUGGAGCACACUGACAAGAAGGGCAACCCCAAGAUUGUCAAGCAGUGCGAGUUCCCCUUGACUGGCCCUGCUUGUGUCAGCCGUAUCAUCACAGAUCUUUGCGUCUUUGACGUGGACUUUACCGACGGGCUGACUCUGAUUGAGAUUGCCGAUGGUGUAACCGUCGAGGAGGUCACGGCUAAGACCGAGGCUCCAUUCAAGGUUGCCGAUGACCUUAAGCCUAUGCUGUAA